AUGAAUUAAAGAGAGAAACUUGUUUAUUAUCCACAUCUACUUGUAUUCCUAAUUUUUGAUAUCUCUAUAGGGAUAAUCAGAUAAAAUAAUCAAUUAAAACAUAGAUAGUAAAAAGGGAUUAGAAGAAUAUUUAAUAAUAAUGUUGGAAAGAGCUAAUAUUGAAGAAAAUUAUGCAAAAGCUUUGAGUAAAUUAUAAUUAUAAAUUGAUAAAUCAAAGUAAAUGAAAUUCAAAAAUUAUGAAUUAGUUUUAUUUUUAUGAGGGAAUAGUUAGUUAAUUAAUUGAAAAAUAAGAUUACAAAGAUUGAAAAUUUUAUUGAAUUAAUUAGAACAGAAAUUAAAAAUUAGAUUAAGGAGACACUUAAUUAAUAGAAUUAGAUUUCUAAUAAAAUUAUAGAUGAAAUUAAAUUAUUGGAAGAGACUUUAACAGAAAAAAAAGGUUAGGUUCUAUCUACAAGGAUGGAUUACAAAUUAAAAUCAAGAGACUUUGAAUAAUCUGCAAUUUUAGAUAUGAUUUAUUAAUAUAGUUUUGAUGUUCCAGAAGAUUAAACUAUAAAAUAAAUAUGCAAGUAUAUUUUAUUAUCAUAUAUUAUUUAGAACUUAAUAUAUAUCAAUUGAAUGUUCUAAAUUAAAGAAAUAAUAUUAAUUAUCAACUAUAACUUAUAAUGAAUUUUUGGAUGUUUAUAAAACAAAAAUGGAAAGUUAUCUUAUUUAAAUGGAAGAAUUCGAGUAGAAAAAAUUAUUAGUUCAUAAGGAUACAUUAUUAAAAGUGUUCUUAAUAGAAGUUUCUAUGUAUAAAUAGUAAUGUUAAGAAAUUGAAAAGUUUAAUGAAUAAAUUAAGAAUACAAAUAUUUAGGAUGAGAUUGAAAAUUUUAUAAUGAAAUAUUCAAGACCAGAUUAUUAACCAUAAUAGAUAGAAUUUAAAGAUUAUUGUUCAUUUUUAAUUAGAGAAAUUGAGUCUUUAAGAUCUUAAGAAUAUCAUAAAUUAAAAGAUAUAAUUAAAGCCUAUUCUGACACAUUUUACACUAUUUUUUCAGAUGUUGUUUAGAAGAAUGUAUUAAUUGUUUUUAAUAGUAGAAUUAUUAAUCUAUUGAAAAGUAGGAUGUUGACAAUAUGAUUAAUGGAGAAAGUGUUUAGGGACUUUUUAAAUUUUUCCAAAUCCAUGUUAAUUCUAUUUGGAAUGAUGGUUAAUUUAAAAAUGAUCAAACAAUAAUAGAAUUAUUGAAAUCAAGUACUUUAAAUAAAUAACUUUGGUUAAUUGCAUUAGAUAUGUAGGCUGAUAAGAAUAAUUACAGAGUUCCUAAUUCUAAAGCUUAUGAAAUCAUUAUUAAAUGGAGUUAGAUAUUAAUUAAUUUUGUAAUUACUUAUCAGUUAUUUCAAGUGCUUGGAAUUAUCGGAUGUUACACCUUUAAGAAAGUUAAUUACAUUAAGUUCAUUAAUAUAUAUUUCAGUUUCUAAUAAAAAGCAUUAUUUGAUGCAUAGUAUCAAAAAUAAUAAUAUCUUUACCUAAUCAGAUUUUAUUGAAGCCAAUAUCAUAGAGGCAACUUAUGAUGGUUUGGUUGAGGAGGUAAAAGAAGAAUCAAAUUAAAUCGAGAAAAUUUAAAGGUUUAUUCUAUAUAUAAAUUCUAUAGAUAAAAGAUUAAUUUUUUUACAUAGAUAUCCAAAGUUUGUUUCACUUUGUUGAUUUUUAAUUAGAAUAAUAUAAUCAAAAAUUACUCAGAGAAAUAUUUAAAGCUAUUAAGAAUGGCUCCUAAUUCUAUAUAGGAUUUAACAUAUUAAAUUGAGAGUUAUCAAUAAUUGUGAUAUAUUUAUUAUUAUAUAUUAUUCAAUAUUAAUUCUUUAAGAAUGGCAUCUCAAAUGUAUUUAUUUAUUUGAUCUCUAUUAGAGUGUUUAAAGAGAAGGAUUACGAAUUUAUUUAUAAAACUAGAGCUAUUUAAUUAUAAUAAACUACAGACAAUCCAUUGAGAUUAGAUAGACCAAAAGUCACAAUACAAAGAGGAAGAAAAGCAAAUGUGUAAAUAAGAACAAAAGGAAAUUUUGUUGAUCCUUUAUCUAGAGCAACUAAUUAAAAAACCUAAACAAAUCCAUUAAGCAGACCACAAACUGUAGAUCCAUUAGCUAGACCUUCUGCUUAACCAAUUUAAAAAAUAGAAUAGUCAUAAACUUAGGCCUAGGCUAAAAGUGUUGAACCAAAUAAGCCAUAACAAUAAUAAUAAUAAUAAUAAGAAGGAAAACUUGAAAUUGAUGCAGAAGAGAAAUAAUUAAAAGCAACAGGAGAAUUUUCAAUCUAUUGGUAAGAAAUAAGGGAAGACUUUUAAAACAUAUUUCAAAUUAAAACAUAUGAUUUAGAUCAACCUGUACCAAAUGUAUGAAAAAAUUAUAUCCUAGCCUUUUGGAUCCAAUGUUCAAUCUAUGAAUUAAUUUGAUGGAUAAGCUAAAACAGCAUAUAGUGGAGAUAGUAAAAUUGAAUAUUAGACACAGGCUCCAAAGUAAGGGACAUCUAAAAUGAUUUUAUAAAAAACAUAUAUUCAAAAAGUCUUAGAUAUUAGAAGAGAUUUAAAGAGAUAAUGGAUUAAUGGAGAUAAAGUAGCCUCAUUAUAAUUAGCAAUAUAAUCAUGCAAAUUAUUAAUUGAUAAUGAUAAGCCGCUCUUUGCUCCUGUAAAGUAUGUUUAUAUUAUUGAUAUUUUGGAAACAUUUGGUAAGUAUGUAAUUGAGAGAUUACUAAAAUUAAGUUAUCCACAAUAUACAGAUCAAAAAAUAGCUGAAAUUAGUUUAUAAAGUGUAGUAGGAUCAAAUAUCUCUGAAACAGCAUCAGAAAUAGGAAGAAAUUGGAUAAAUAAGAUAGGAUCUAUAAGAGAAUUGUUACCUAGAUUAUAUAUAGAAGCUACUCUAUUGAAAGUUUAUUAUUUUAUUGAUUAAAGUUAAAUAAAACCAAUAUUCAAUAGACUUAUUAAAUAAGUUAGAGCAAUUGGUGAUUAUAUUAAUGUAUAAAUAUAUUUUAUUAAUAUUAGGCUUUGUACUUUGCACUUUAUUUAUUUAGAAUAGGAGCAGAAUUAUUUUCAGGAGAGAAAGAUUAUCUUAUAUCAACAUUAAAAGAUUUCUUUAUAUAUAUGAAUUAAAAAAAUAAAUUUGGAAAAUUAGAUAUAUAGGGAGAUUAAUAUUUAAGAUUGUUUGAACCAUAUUUAAUAUAAACAUUUAGAUAAUAUUCAUAAAAUUGUACAGAAGUAUCAUAUUUAAUUAAAUAUAAUUAUAGAGAGAAUUUAAAGAUAUAUUUGAACAUUUUAGAUAGAGUACAUAAAAUCAUUUUGUUUUGAAAAAGAUGAUUGAAUAAUUUUAAGCUGUUCAUAUUAGUACAUUAGCAUUAGAGUUAUUUUCAAUAAUGCAAGCAUAUCCAGUAGAUAAUAAAUAUUAAUUAUAUGCUUGUUUUUUACCUAAAAUAGCUAAGGGAUUAACUAAUGUAGCUGCUGGUUCUGAGAUAUGUGAAUAUGUUUUAUAGGACAUUUUAUAAAUAAAGUCAUUUCCAUUAUUUUUAGAGAUAUUGGCAUCAUUAAUUGAAUUGAUUUUUAGAUCUUUUUAGGGAUAUUAGAAAAAUUAAUUUUUUUUCUUGAUUUUAUAAAGAUUUAAUGAUUUAUUUAGUAUGGUUGAAAAAGAUUAAGUAAAUACAAAUUAAAGUAAAGAGACAUUUAUUAAAUUACAUUAAUUUAUUAUUAAAAUAUUUUAAGACUCUUAAGAUAUAUCAGAAAUACUUUAAAUUGAUACAUUUAUUACUUGUAUUUAAUUUUUCCCAGAAGAUAUGAAAAAGUUAGUUUGUAAUGAUUUGCUUUCAAUGAUUAUUAAUAGGGAUUAGAAGGAAAAAAUAUCUGAUCCUAUGGCUGUGCAUUCAAUUGUUAAAUUGACAGCUAAUUUAAAUAAUAAGAAAUCUAUUACUAAGGAUGAAUAAAAAAGUUUGGCAAAAAUUAUUAAUUUAUUAUUAUAAAAGAUUGAUUUUGGUAAAGAUUUAGAAUAAACAUUGAAUUUGUAUGCUGAAAUGAGAGGUUAAUUUGGAAAUAUAAGUGGUCUAUCUGAAAUUUUAAUAGAUAGAGCUUUAGAUUUAAUUUUUAAAGGUAAAAGAUUAUCUAAAGGAAAAAAUCAAAAAAAAAUAAUUUCAUUUUAUUAAGCUUGUAUUGCUUAUAGUUUUAUAACUAUUCCAACAAUAGAUAAUCCAAUAUCAAAAUUAAGAAAAUACAUUUAAGUGGCUUAAGUAGGAUUAUCAUUAAAUUUAUUAUCUCAAAGUGAAGCAGUAGUUAAAACAACAAUUGAAACAUUACUUGAAUUACCUGAAACUCAUAAUGGUCGUCCAAUAGAUGAAGUUAUUACUCCAUAUAUAUUGGAUUUGAUAUCUUUUAUUAUUAUAGUUCCUGAUGACCCUUCUGCAGGUUACUUAAAUAUUUUUUAAGGUUUAUUGAAGGCAUUUGAAUAAUUGAAAUGGAAUCCAAAAAAUGGAGGGAUUUAUUCAAUUGUAAUAUAUGUUAAUUGUAUACAAUACUUAUGUGCAUAAGUUCAAGAAAGAUUGCCUUAUCAUUUUGAAAAUGUGAAAUCAAAUGAUGCAUUAUUUAAUAAGGAUUCUUAAUUUAGUUUAACUAUAUUAGAAUUAGUAUAACAAAUAUAUACUAAAUUAGGAGAAUAAGCAGCAGCAAUUAUAAAACUGAAUAUUACAGAUUCAAUUGUAAUAAUAUAUUUUUAUAUUUAAAAAGGAAAAUGGUUUGAUUGUUAAAUAAAUGUUAAGUUGUUUGAAUAGAUUGUUAUUAUUAUUGAAAUUUAAUAAGGAAGCAGAAACAACAUUUUCCAUUUUUGUUGAUUUAAUUUAUAAAAAGAUAAACGAAUUGAAUAGGGAUAGAACUGGAAAAGUACAAUUGACACUAUUAAAAGCAUAUUUCUUGUAAACUUUUAAUAACAUUGAGAAGUCUACAACAGUAAUUAUAUUUAUUAAUAAUUUAGUUUAAUUUUGAUGAGAAAAAGAAUUAAAUGAUUAAUAUUUUAGAAGCAGCAAAAAAUUGA